AUGAGUUCGCAAAAUACAUCGGCGGUGAAUACCGAUGACAUAGAACGUCGUCGAGAACAAUGGAGAUAUUAUGCUCGCUUGAGAAGACAACGAGAAGACAAUGAAAGCAGAAAUAUUCGACUGGCAAGACGUCGUGCUAAUUACUCAAGACAAAGGCAACAAACUUUAGGUGGUGAUCACAUUUUAGUGGGAGGCCCAACAAAUUUAAAUGAAGAAGAUGUUGUACAUUCAAAUUCAACAUCAACAAACCCAUCACUAAUGCCACCUAAUCACGAGGAUGGACGAAGUCGUCGGCUUACCCAUGUCCGUAACUUGGCACGCAAUAUGCCAGUUGAGCAUAGGGCUAUGCAAGAAGUCAGUGGUCUCCCUCCAACCUAUCCAACUAUAAUGGCGAAUGACUUUGAGGCUGGAUCAAGUCAUAUAAAUUCUAAUGUUACUACUGUUACAGAAAGAAUUGAAGGAGUUGAAAAUAUAGUUGAGCAAAACCAAGGGGAUGGCUAUAGAGAACAAGGUGCAGAAAGAACAGAAGCAGUUGAAAAUAUAAAUUGUCAAAAUCACGGGGAUGGCUACAGAGAACAAGGUGUUGACAACACGUUUGAUGGUACUGCACAUGUAAUAAAUUGUAUGCGAGGCAGAUACAAUUGUGCAAAAGAUUAUAAAGAAGGUAUACAGACCAUUAGGUACCAACUACCACAACCAAAGACAUGUUACUUUUGUAAUGCCCGUUUGUUCCAUCGAGAGACAUCCUCGAUGUGUUGUAAGGAUGGAAAAAUAUCCUUACCCAACAUACCAAUUUGUCCUGAAUUUAGGGAGCUCAUUUGUGAGCAAACACCACGAGGCAGACAUUUCAGGCAAUAUAUACGGUUUUACAACAACAUGUUUGCAUUUACCUCAAUGGGAGUACACGUAGAUGAAACCAUGGCCUUGAAUAGUCGAGGAAUAUAUACAUUUCGGGCCCAAGGUGCCAUCUAUCAUAGAAUUGGUAGUCUUUUGCCACAUACACCUCAAAGUGUACGGCAUCUACAAUUAUAUAUCUACGACACUGGUCUUGAAAUACAACGCAGAAUGUCUCAAUCUGUAGAAGCUCAUGAAGAUAUUGUGCAACUUAUUCAAAGGAUCUUAGACAUGCAUAACCCAUUUGUGGAGAAAUUUCGUCAACUAUCUCGAAGUCCAAAUUUACAUCAAUGUAAACUUCUGAUUAAAGAACAACCUUUAAACCAACCUCAAUAUUGCCUUCCCAGUGCUUCCCAAGUGGCAGCUAUUAUUGUAGGAGGAGAAGAAGCUGGUCAUUUAAGUGGUAGAGAAAUUUUGGUUCAAACAUUUGGUGGUAAUUUGAUCAAUGUUCAAGAUACAGCAGGAUAUUAUGAUCCAUUGCAGUACCCAAUACUUUUCCCAUUUGGAACAUAUGGAUGGGAUAUCAAUACACGCGACACUAAUAGAAAUAAAGUGUCAUGUCGUGAGUAUUAUGCAUUCAUCUUUCAGAUUCGCGACGAUGCUCUAUCAAUGAUUUGGUAUGGAGGACGCCUUUCACAACAGUAUGUUGUUGAUAAUUAUGUAAAAAUUGAAACACACAAGCUUAGGUGGUUUGAGCACAAUCAAGAUUCUAUUAGGGCAGAUCUGUACCAAGGCCUACAAGAUGCUUUCCAUGAAGGAGAGAGUGAUACUGGAAAUGUUGGACAUAGAACCAUUCUACCUUCAUCAUUUGUGGGAAGCCCACGCGAUAUGAUCCAACGAUUUCAAGAUGCAAUGUCAUUGGUUCAAAAGUUUGGGAAACCAGAUUUAUUCAUCACAAUGACGUGUAAUCCAGGAUGGGAAGAAAUCCAAAAUGAGCUUUUACCCGCACAAACCGCACAAGAUCGUCCAGACUUGCUUGCAAGAGUUUUCAAAUCAAAAUUUGAAGAAUUGAAAGAUGAUAUUGUGGUUAAAGGGGUUCUCGGAAGAGUUAUUGUAUAUGUGCAAGUCUUUGAGUUCCAAAAAAGGGGUCUACCACAUGCACACAUGCUUAUAAUUCUCGAUGAAGAUGAUAAAUUGCAUAAUCCAGAGGAUUACGAUCGAGUUGUUAAAGCAGAAAUACCGUGUAAGGAGGAACAACCUCAGUUACAUAAAGCUGUACUGAAACAUAUGAUACAUGGUCCUUGCGGAGUACAAAAUCCAAGAUCACCAUGUAUGAAAAAUGGGCGAUGUAAAAAAGGAUACCCAAAGCCUUUCUCGCCAGAAACCUACCAAGGCAAUGACUCAUAUCCUGUUUACAAACGAUAUGAUACUAAUAAUCCCGUACCAUUGAAUGAUCAUUGCAGGAUUAUGGUAGACAAUACUUGGGUUGUUCCAUAUAAUCCUUGGUUAUUGCUAAAAUAUAAUUGUCAUAUUAAUGUUGAAAUAUGUUGCAGUAUCAAGAGUGUAAAGUACUUAUACAAAUAUGUGUAUAAAGGCCCAGAUCGUGUCUCUAUGGAAGUUAGACCAGGCCCAAAUUAUGAUGAGGUCCAACAGUACGUUGAUGCAAGAUGGGUAUGUGCUCCAGAGGCAUGUUGGAAGAUAUUUUCUUUCCCUAUGUAUCGAAUGUACCCUGCCGUUUUCCGUUUGCAAAUUCAUCUUCCAGAUAGACAACAGGUACAUUUUAGAUCACAUGAACCAAUUGCUAAUGUUUUGGAGCGAAGUAAAAAGACAAUGCUCACUGAAUUUUUUUAUAUGAAUACGAUUGAUCAUGAUGCACGAAAUUAUCUAUAUAGAGAGUUCCCUGAGCAUUAUUGUUGGGAUUAUAAAAACAAAACAUGGACACAAAGAAGAUCUCAUAAAAAAGUAGUGGGCAGGGUAUAUACUGUUUCACCAUUUGAUGGAGAAAAGUUCAAUUUGCGUGUUCUUCUUAAUCAUGUCAAGGGGCCAACAGGAUUUGACGAUUUAUUGACUGUGAAUGGGAUAACCUAUCCAACUUUUAAACAAGCAGCUGAACAUAGGGGUUUACUAGAGAAUGAUAACAGCAUACGACAAUGUCUACUUGAGGCAAGAGACAUUCGAAUGCCGUCAGCUUUAAGAAGAUUGUUCGCAACAAUAUUGGUAUUUUGUUUACCAAUUGGAGUAAGAGAAUUGUGGAAUGAGUUCUAUCCAUAUAUGAUAGAAGAUUACCCAUCAACAUCUGUUACAACAGAGACACAUCGUACAAAUAAACUUCUCAAUGAUUUAGAGGCAUUACUCUUGCAACAUGGAAAGCAUAUUACAGAGUAUGAUUUGCCAAUUUUAAGUGGAGAAUGUGACAAUGAUUCAACUAUACCAAGACUCAUACAAGAUGAGCUAACUAUUCCUAAUAUAGAUGAAGAAUUCACUUUAAUUGAGAAGUUGAAUAACGACCAGAGACUUGCAUAUGAGACAAUCAUGACAGUUAUUGAUCGUAACGAAAGCAUGAUAUUCUUCGUCGAUGGGCCAGGGGGAACUGGAAAAACAUUUUUGUAUCGCACAAUAUUGGCAGCCUUGAGAAAAGCUGGUCACAUUGCAAUUGCCACAGCUACAUCUGGCAUAGCAGCAACAUUACUCCCUGGUGGAAGAACAGCGCAUUCCAGGUUUAAGAUUCCUUUAACUCUAGAUGCUUCAUCUACUUGCUCAAUAAGUAAACAAUCAGACAUAGCUGAGCUUAUUAGACGUGCCACCGUAAUAAUUUGGGAUGAAGCCCCAAUGGUAAAUCGACGUGCACUCGAAUCUUUAGAUAGAACAUUUAGAGAUAUUAUGGAAGUAAAUUUACCUUUUGGUGGGAAGGUGCUAAUUUUGGGUGGAGAUUUUCGUCAAGUACUUCCGGUUGUUCCAAAGGGUACAAAGGCAGAAAUGAUUGAUGCAUGCAUAGUCAAGUCCCCAUUAUGGAAAGAUGUCAAAGUGUUACAUUUGAAGCAGAAUAUGAGGUCUAGCAAUGAUGAAGAGUUUGCUGAGUACAUACAACACAUUGGUGAUGGGAAUGAACCAUAUAUAAUUGAUGAUUUGAUUAAACUACCCCCUUCAAUGGCAAUGGAAUGGGAGGGUCAGCAUUCUAUAUACAACUUGAUUGAUCAAGUUUUUCCAAAUUUACAAGACCAUGUCAAUGAUGCAAGGUAUAUGGUUGAUAGGGCCUUGCUAACACCUAUAAAUGAUGAUGUUGAACAACUUAAUGCAAAGAUAAUUUCUCAGUUUCCAGGAGAUGAGUUUACAUUACAUUCUUUUGAUGAGGUUGAAGGAGAUACACAACAUCUAUAUCAACAAGAAUUCCUAAAUUCUAUAUCUCCAGGGGGUUUACCACCACAUAUAUUAAGGCUAAAAAAGGGUGCUCCAAUUAUGUUGUUGCGCAAUAUAGAUCCAAAAGCCGGAUUAUGUAAUGGUACAAGAUUGAUAUGCCGUGGAUGUUUUAACAACGUAAUUGAUGCUGAAAUUUUGACUGGACAAUAUGUGGGUACACGCAUUUUUUUGCCAAGAAUCCCUUUGAAGACAACAGAAAAUGUACACUUGCCAUUUGUAAUGAUCAGACGACAAUUUCCUGUACGUUUAAGCUUUGCACUUACAAUAAACAAAGCGCAAGGUCAGACAAUUCCAACUGUUGGAAUUUAUCUUCCUGAUCAUGUUUUUAGUCAUGGCCAAUUAUAUGUGGCAUUGUCAAGGGGAGUCUCCCAAUCCACCACAAAACUAUUGGUGCAAAAAGGCAGAAUACCUGAGGAGGAAGGAAGAAUGCCUAACUCAAAUGUGAGGAUUGAGUCCACUAUGCUAAAUAAUGGAGUGCAUGCUGUUCCUACUGCUCAUUGGGAGAAGUGGAAGGAUGAUCAGUCAAUAUCGAACAUGGAGCCCAUUGAUAACAAGGUUCGAAAAUUGCAAAUUUAUUCACCUGGUUGGGGAUUCACUGUUCGAGCUGACAAGAAAGAGCUUUGGAGAGAAGUGAAACGAGUUUUAGAGUCACAAGAAUUGGAAAGGACCAAGAACAAAGACAAACAACAAAUUGCUGUCAAGAGCAAUGAAGUUUCCAACAUCCAUAAGAAUAAAGACAAAGGAAAAAUGAAGGACGAUGUGAUCUCUAACACUCAUGCCAACAGAGACAAACGGAGAAUGAAAAUCAAGGACAAUGUGGUUUCCAACAUCAAAGAGCAAAAAAAGAUACGAACAAAAAAAAUCAAGGACGAUGCAAUCUUCAACACCAAAAAUAGUAAAGACAAACAGAAAAUGAGAGUCAAGGACGAUGCGAUAAUAAAGCAGUUCUUCAAGUCCCAAGCUGAAGUAGACCAUUUCACAUACAUGGAGCUAUGCAAUAUCAUCACAAGGUUCAUGGCAAAUGCUGCUGGAAAGCAAUUAGAAUGUGACACAAAUAGCAUUGCUCCACCAACUUCUCCACCAUAG